CGACAGCCCAGGAUGCCUGCGCUGCGAGGGCCUGAAGCUGGGGACCAACACUAGUCCGUCUGUGCUCCACUCGAACGACUGCGGACGCUUCUUGAGACGGCGAGAUAAAUAUAAUGUCCUCCCCAACUGCCAAAGCCUCUUACAUUAAUAGCCAGACAUCCAGCUCCACCACUGAGUCUUUCUAUCUUCUCAUCUUCAUCUUGCCUCAGUCAUAAUCCACCAUCACCAUAUACAUAUCCUCCUCUUGAACAACCACCACCACCACUACAUCACUGCCUGUGGCUGCUUCCCUUAGCCACACUACCCCCCCACCCACGUCACUUCUUCCACCAUGCAUCGACACGCCAGCUAUCAGUAUGCCAGCCCAGUAGCAACCACUACAAGAUACUCGGGCACCUCGUCAGCCUUCUCAGCGUCGGCAAACCCCAACGAGGACUGGACAAAGAUCUCGGAUCUUGCGGAGCGCAGGCGUAUUCAGAACCGCAUUGCUCAACGCAACUACCGCAAGAAGCUCAAGAAGAGGCUCGAAGACCUUGAGCGUCGUGCUGCCUCUAGCUCAGCUUCACCUGAGCAGAAGCCUGCUGAGCUGCAGCCACCUCAGCCAUCACCGCGCCAGGAGUUCCCCUCACCAUCUUCUUCCGAGUCUUCCUACACCACCCCACCCGCCGAGGACCGCAUGUUUUCGCACCAGUACACCCGCCAGCUGUCCACCAGCCCACCACCCUUCUCUGUCGCCUACUCGUCCGCCUACCCAGCACCAGACGCCGUAGCCUACUCCAUGCCUUACUCAGCCUCGCCCUACCACACAAUACCAACUACCCUCACCACCGACAUGCCAAGCUACGCCUACCUACCACCGCCACACUCGUCUUCUUACUCCACUGGACUGCCAAGUUUGGUGCCCGCUAUGAAGACUGAGUACUACGCCGAGGAGGACAUGAGCCCGUUUGGUGUUGGCUACGCGGCACUUGGCGGGAUCGAGAUCCCACCACCCCACUCCUACGCACACUCAGUAAGGCUCCCUACACGCCAGCCCUACUAUGCGUAGACUUCCAGCUCUUCCGCUCGCUGCUGCUGCUCUUCCUUCGCCAACCAAUCCACUGACCGGUUCCGGCAGAUGUCGACGCCACCACUUGAGCACUCGGACAUAGACUACCCAACAACACCAAACUCUAUGCCACGAACGCCUCCCAUGCAUCCCAUUUCCUCUGUAUAACGAGGGUGCGGUGGCGCGGAUUCUUUUACCUUCUCUUCUUGAGACUUACAGUCUCCUGUCUUUUAUGAAUUAUUACCCGCUUCUUUUUUUUCUCUCUUGUUUUGCAUCAUCAGCGUCGGUCGUUUAGGGAAGGGUCCCUCACUUAACCAGGAAGGUUGGGCGUUAAGAGGUUGCUUGUCUUUAUUGACAAAGUCUGUUUGGUUAUGACUACUACCUUAGAUUUCACCAUAGGGCCGUGAGCUUAGCGCCAGCGCAAGCCUGAGCCACGGUGAUAUGGCAAAUGAACA